AUUUGAUUUAAUUUAUUGUGUUUUAUUGUUUUGGUGUAUGAAUGAUUAUUAAUUCAUCGCGUCGCUGAUUCCGCGUUGUGUGCGAAUGUUUUCAUACCUAAAUAUUUCGAACAAUUUGAGCUGAUUUUAUAAAAUUAUAUGUAAACGGAAGGGGUGAAUACUAUUAUCCAGAAUCUUCUAUCUGGUAGAGUUGAAACUGAGAAAAAUCUCGUUUCAUUUGGAAAUCUUCCUUACUGUGUUUAUAGGGUGGCACAUGUGACUAUGAAUACUAAUGCUUGAGAAUGUUUAAGAACACUUUCCAAUCUGGAUUUCUCUCCAUCUUAUACAGCCUUGGGAGCAAACCUUUGCAGAUAUGGGACAAAGAAGUUGUGAAUGGACAUAUAAAGCGACCACAGGAUGAAGACAUACAAUCAAAUGUGCUGGAAAUAGUUGGAUCAAAUAUUCAGUCGACAUACAUUACAUGCCCAGCUGACCCAGCUGCAACACUUGGCAUAAAACUUCCAUUCCUUGUUAUGAUUGUGAAGAAUCUAAAGAAGUAUUUCACUUUUGAGAUUCAAAUUUUGGACGAUAAGAAUGUCAGAAGACGAUUUCGAGCAUCUAAUUUCCAAGCUGUCACUAGAGUUAAGCCAUACAUUUGCACCAUGCCGCUUAGAAUGGAUGAUGGGUGGAAUCAAAUCCAGUUGAACUUAGCGGACUUCACGAAGAGAGCAUAUGGCACAAAUUAUAUGGAGACGCUGCGGGUUCAAGUGCAUGCAAACUGUCGCCUGAGAAGGAUAUAUUUCUCCGAUCGCUUGUAUUCUGAAGAGGAACUACCACCAGAAUUCAAAUUGUACCUUCCGAUGCAGAAAGCAUGAACAAGUCAUAGCAUGAGGAAUUCAGAGCCUGAAGGCGGUCGAGCGAUGGAUUUUUUUUUUGGAACACUAUAAUUGCUCUAUUUUUCCCCUCUUUGUCAGAAAUUAAGCUGUAGUUUGGUUCUGAUGUAUGGUGAUUUAUGCUUAUAUGUGAUAGUAUCUUGCUAAGAACACAAUGAUGAAUGAGAUGCAAUCCGAUUGCAUGAAUAAUGUACAUUACAUGGUUAUAUGAAAGCUGGCUCUGUAUGCUUUUCUAA